ACCCCACUUUACCCUAUUAGCCCAUCCCGAUAGCUUGGUGCAGGGAGGACGACGUCGUCGCCGAUCGAUGGCAGCCGCCGCUGCACGGCGCACCUAGCCCCUCCCCUACCUCGCAGCUUCUCCCUGCUCCGCCCCUCCCCUACCUCGCAGCUUCUCCCUACCCCGCCCCUCCCCUACCUCCCGGCGAUGGGCAGGUCGCCGGCAGCAACAACCCCGACCCCCAGGUCGUCGGCAGCAUCAAUCACGACCCCCGGGUCGCCGGCUGUCCCAACCCCGACAGCCAAGGCGCCGGAUGUGUCAAUCCCGGCGUCCAAGGUGCCGGAUGCAUCGUCGGCAGCAGAUCUUGAGGAGCACAAGGGUGAGCUCUUACGUGCCAUAAAAAUUGAGAAGGCUAAUGGCCCGGAUCUUGAGGAGCACAAGGGUGCUAGUGAGCUGACAAAGAAGCCUUGAAAGAAGCUGACAAAGAUUAUAAAUUUGCUCCUUCAGUAAGUGAAUUGGAGAUGGCCGAAGCUAUUUGCCAUCUUUUGGGAGCUUUUUACACAGCCACAAAGAAAAUCUCGGGUAGGACAUAUCCCACCUCUCACCUAUACUUCUAUGAGGUCUGGAAUGUGAAGCAAAUAAUGGAGAGAGAAGUCGUAAGUGAAAAUCCUACCAUUGUUGCCAUGGUGAAAGAGAUGGAGAAGAAAUGGAUCAAAUAUUUUGAGGAGUCAUUCUUAACAAGUUGUCUGCCGGUGAUAUUUGAUCCAAGGUACAAAUAUGAAUAUGUUGACUUCCGACUGACCGCAACUUUUGGUGGUGGCGCAGAGAAAUAUCUUACCCAAGUGAAUAGUGCGAUGAAGAUCCUAUUUGCUGAAUAUGCAUCUGAAUUUGGAAACAUUUCUGAUGAAGGUGAUGAGGUUGUAGAGGAGGAUGGUGAGGGCACUCUUGAUGACUGGGAUAAGCAUUUGAGAUUGAAAAGAUCCCACAACUCAAAUGAGCUACAGCGAUAUCUUGAAGAAGAUCUGUUUCCUCGCCGACGGAAAUUGGAUAUCUUAAAGUGGUGGGAGAUUCACUGCCCAAAGUAUCCGGUGCUUGCAGCUAUAGCACGGGACAUGUUGGCAGUGUCCGCGUCUACGGUGCCUGCAGAGGCUGCAUUCAGCAAUGCAGGAAGGAUCAUCACUGAACAAAGAAGUAGUUUGACCCCGAGUACUGUUGAGACAUUGAUGUGCCUCGAGGAUUGGUAUCGAGCAACUGCUCGCCAAAAGGCGGAACCAACAGUUGGAGACCAUGGUGGUGAUCAAGAGGAUGCUGGAACCACCUAAGUUUUUUUGGCAGGCAGAAGGUAGAGCCUGAGGACAAGGAGGAGACCAGGGGGCGAAGCCAGAAGCGGCACCGGCGGCAGCUGAGACUCAGUGAAGGCUUGUGCUGAGCUCGUGAUCGUCUUCCAUGAACCAACCUGAAGCUUCAUUCACUGAGAGUUGCGAGGUCUUAUCAGCCUAGAGUUUUUCUUUUCGCUUUGUCCUUGUGAGUUCACUGAGAGUUUUGAUGGGACUACCACUGAGAGUUGUGAGCUUCAUUCACUGAGAGUUGCUAUAAGUUGAAAAUAAGCUUGUAUCUGUGGCGGCCGCUUCCACAAAGUUCUAUUAAUAUGUUGAUGCACUAUUACUUUAUUCAAAUUCCAAUCAAGAUCUGUUGCUGCUGGAA